AUGGAUUCGUUUAAGCCCGGAAAGACUACAACGAGGAAGACGAAGGCGACUGGUCGGAAAUCUACGGUUCAGAUCCUCUCGAGCUUGUUUUUCCGGGCAAUAGAGGUAACGGUUGUCGUCACUACAGUAGCCAAACUCUUCUCCCAACUCGUUACCACGUUCGAGAACUCUGGUGAACGUGUCAAGGGUUUAGCUUUUAUCCUCUCCAACCGUCACUUCGUGUUCUUCGUCGGUAACGUUAUAGCCGUCAUCACGUUUUUAACCAAAUACGGCAAGCUCCCGAAUCAAGAAUCUGAUUUACAAAGCGCAAGCAACGAUGCCUUUUAUGAGGAGUUUAUUAGAGAAAGCAGAAGACGAGAAGAGAAAAACUCAUGGGCCGAUCAAGUGAAAAACGUAGACAAAAAUGGCAGGAUCCAAGACGAGGGCACAAAGGAAGACAUCGUGGAACAGAACACUACCGGAACCGGACAAAGACCGUCCAAGUCUGAGAAGGUGGGUGGAACUGAGAAUAAGGGGAAACAUAUCACAACUGAGCAUCGACAAAAGGAGAGAGCAACGGAAAUCGAUGGCAUAAUACAAAGGCGGGACACAGUACUUGAGAGGAGACCAAGACAAGACACCGGAGAGAUUAGGGCAAAACAGAAGACGAAUUAUACGAGAAGCUGGCCGGAGAAUACGAUAGUUUGUUGUGGGGCCAAGGGAAGGUCAGAGACGGAGAGAUAUCUUCUGGAUACCGUAGACGUGAAUGAAGGAAUGAGCAACGACGAACUCCGGCACAAGAUCGAGUCUUUCAUCGCUAGGCAAAGGAGGAUUCAAAAGGGCGAAUAG